UUGUGUUUUGUGCUUUUUUGGGGUUUGGAUUUGGCAGGUUAAAAGGUUAGAAGUAUUUCUUUUAACAAAAAAAACCCUAUUGAAAUUUUUGCCAAUAUGAUGUGAAUGUUAUCACAAUUUAUUUUUUCAUAAUUUUUCAAAUCAUAUUCAGUACAUUAGAAAUCACUUGUUAUGAUACUAUAACCCAUCAGGAUGGACACGGAUAUUGAUCAACAAAUUCCAGAGACGUCUCAGCAAAGUAAAGACAUUCCAGUUCAGAAUAAAGAAUCAACAAGAUACUGUUGGGUGUGCUUUGCAACAGAAGAGGAAGAUAGGGAAGCUUCCUGGGUACAGCCCUGCAACUGUCGAGGAACAACCAAAUGGGUGCAUCAGUCAUGUCUUCAAAGAUGGGUGGAUGAAAAACAAAAAGGAGGUAACAUAGGAAAAGUUGCUUGUCCCCAAUGUCAAACAGAAUAUAUCAUAGUAUUUCCAAAUAUGGGUGUUUUGGUGCUUGUACUGGACACUGUAGAUAGCUUCAUUUAUAAAGGGUGUCCUUUUCUAGCAGCUGGUAUUGUUGUAGGGGCUAUUUAUUGGUGUGCUGUGACUUAUGGGGCUAUUACAGUUAUGCAAGUUGUUGGUCAAAAGGAAGGCCUCAACAUUAUGGAACAAGCAGACCCAUUGGUUUUACUCAUCGGUCUUCCGGCUAUACCUGUUUCCCUGGUCUUAGGGAAAAUGAUUCGUUGGGAGGAUGCCGUGCUGCAUUUCAUGAGGAAAAACUUUGCAAAAAUCCCUAUAAUUCGAAAUGUAUUUCCAUUUAGAAUUGAGGUAGCAACGAAUACGGAAUCUUCAAGUGAAAAUGAUAUACCACCUCUCUCAAAUCCUGUGUCAGCAACUAGAGUACUCUGUGGUGCUCUCUUGAUGCCAACGAUU